AUGUCCGUCGACAACAAAAAGCUCAAGGACGUCAAGGAUGACGUUUUCAUCGACAGGAUCGAGAAGCUUGACACCUUGUCGGACGAGCACAUCGAAGCCGAUCAUAUCGAGAGUACGGCAGCUUCGAAGGCGGCAUGGUUGAUUGCCAUGACCGUGUCUAUCGGCGGCUUCCUCUUCGGUUACGAUACUGGCUACAUAUCUUCGGUUCUGGUCACCAUUGGUACAUCUCUAGGUCAUGAACUCAGCACGAGCGAACAAGAGCUUGUGACUUCUCUCACAUCAGGAGGAGCUCUUGUUGGCGCAGUCUUUGCUGGCCUGGUCGCUGACAAGUACGGAAGAAAAAUGCCGAUUUAUGCCGCAUGUGCGGUCUUUGUCAUUGGAACACUUCUGCAAGCCGCUGCAUUCCAUCUGCCUCAAUUCGCUGUUGGCCGGUUCGUAGUAGGCCUUGGUGUUGGCUCAGCAGCCUGUAUCUGUCCGUUGUUCAUUGCCGAAAUCUCGCCCAUGCGCUACAGAGGAAGAGUGGUCGCCUUCAACAACAUGAGCGUUACCCUCGGACAACUCAUCGCAUCGGCCAUCGGUGCAGGCUUUGCUCAAGUGCAAGGAGAAGCUUGGCGCGGAACAGUGGCCAUUGGAGGUCUGCCACCAAUCGUCCUUGCUAUCCUCCUUAUGUUCUGUCCAGAGUCACCCAGACAGUUGAUUGCUCACGGUCGAACCGAGCUCGCAGAUGCUUGCCUUCUCAAGAUCUACCCUACAUCAACCCCAGAGACGCGUCAAGCAAAGAUUCGCUCCAUCGAGGCGUCCAUUCACGAGAACACUGGGUCGCUGGCCGACGAGUCAAUCUGGAAGUCUACGAAGCGUAUUUUUACCACACCUGCUACUGGUAGAGCAGUGCUCACAGCUUGUGCUAUCAUGGCCAUCUCUCAGCUUGGUGGCUUCAACACACUCAUGUACUACAGCGCUACCCUGUUCGGCCUCGUUGGCUUUGCGAACGCUACAGCUAUCGCCAUUGUAGUUUCUGGCACAAAUUUCCUCUUCUCGAUCGUCAACCUCGUCCUCGUAGAUCGUUUCGGUCGUCGUGCCAUCCUCAAAGUCACUGUCUUGGGCAUGGCUAUCUGCAUGCUCAUCGCAGCUGUCAGUUUCCACUACAUACCCAUCAACACAAAGACACUGGAGCUCACCAGUGAUGUCACCGGCUGGCCCGCCGUUUUGGUCCUGGUCUGCAUCAUUUGUUACGUCGCCUUCUUCUCCUCUGGUGUAGCUACGAUCGCUUGGAUCGGCACAGAGCUCAUCCCUACUGAAGUCCGUGCUGUAGGCACUAUGAUCAAUACUGUCACUUGCUGGAGCACAAAUAUCAUCGUUUCCUCUACUUUCUUGUCCAUGAUGAAGGGGCUUACACCUACCGGCGCUUUCGGCUUCUACUCUGGAAUCUGCACUAUUGGAUGGAUCUUUGUCAUGUUCUGCUACCCUGAGUGCAAGGGUAUGCCUCUUGAGGUUAUCAGAGAAGUGUUCCAGCGUGGCUUCGGUGUCGGAUAUUCGAAGCAGUGGCAAAAGGAGAAUGCGGCUUUCGCUAAGGCCAAUGCCAUGGGCAAUGUGAACUUCGGUCACUAA